CUGAAAUACGAUUGAUCAAACCAUGCUGGACUGAGGGCAGUGGCUCGAAAUCAAUGGGUUGCCUUUGAAAUCGUUUUCGGCGGGGAAUCUUUUUUCAACACAGAGGGACUGCGAGAGAGUGUGCGCGCGAGUGUUGUGUGUGAGUGACAGAAAAAAAACGAGGGAGGGAGGGCAGGCGGAAAGAAAUAAUCUUUCAACGAUGGAACUUACAAUGGAAAACAUUGGCAACAUGCACGGCGUUUCCCAUUCUCAGGCGGGAGACCUGAUGAAUUCUUCUCACGGGCGACCGUCAUCAGCAUCCCACCGGAACUUAGUAUCGCACGGACGCUCAGCCAUGGUCUCCAGCAUGGCUUCUAUCCUCGAGGGCGCCGGUGAGUACCGGACGGAUCCUACGCUCUCCGGGCACCUGCACCCGGCGAUGACAAUGUGCGAGUCCGGCAUGAGCCUAUCCAACACGUAUACCACCCUGACCCCUCUGCAGCACCUUCCUCCUAUCUCCAGCGUCUCUGACAAGUUUCAUCACCCCCACCCACACGCGCACCACCAUGCCGCGCAUCAGCGCCUCGCGACCGGCAACGUAAGUGGGAGUUUUACCCUGAUGCGAGACGACAGAGGCCUGGCAUCAAUGAGCAACCUGUAUGGGCAUUACCCCAAAGAUAUGUCCGGGAUGGGACCGCAACUGUCGCCGCUCUCCAACGGCCUGGGCUCCUUACACAACUCCCAGCAGACGUUAUCCGCGUAUGGGCCCAGUGCGCACCUGGCCAACGACAAGAUGCUGUCCACGGGAGGAUUUGAAUCCCACGCGGCGAUGCUUUCCCGUGGCGAGGAGCACCUCGCUCGGAGUUUAGGGGGACACGGGCAUGGUAUGAUAUCUAACCUCAACGGCAUGCACCCGCAUAGCCACCUACACUCACAGGCAAAUGGCUCCAUGCUGGCCGAAAGAGAGAGGCAUGGUGUCGGGGCCGGGCAAGGUGGAGGGUCUGGACAGGUGGAGGAAAUCAACACCAAAGAGGUGGCACAACGGAUCACAGCAGAGCUAAAACGCUACAGCAUACCUCAAGCAAUUUUCGCCCAGCGGAUCUUGUGUCGAUCACAGGGUACUUUGUCAGACCUCCUGCGGAACCCGAAACCAUGGAGUAAACUGAAGUCCGGCCGGGAAACAUUUCGGCGCAUGUGGAAAUGGUUACAGGAACCCGAGUUUCAGCGGAUGUCAGCUCUCCGACUAGCAGCGUGCAAGCGGAAGGAGCAGGAGCAGCACAAGGACCGGAACCUGGUGCCCAAGAAGCAGCGUCUGGUCUUCACCGACCUGCAGCGCCGCACGCUCAUUGCCAUCUUCAAGGAGAACAAGCGUCCGUCAAAGGAGAUGCAGAUCACCAUCUCUCAGCAGCUGGGCCUGGAGCUCAGCACGGUCAGCAACUUCUUCAUGAACGCCCGCAGACGCUGCUCGGACCGCUGGCACGACGAGCACCACCACCACCACCAGCCGCAGCAGCAGGGGCAGCAGCAGCAGCAGCAGCAGCAUCACGGCUCCAGCCCGGUCCAACCGGGCCCCUCCGCCAGCACCUUCUCCAAGGCCUGA